UACAGUGUGGACACGAUGGCGCUACUCGGGAUUUGUGUUGCUGUGGCCGUGUUUUUGGAGGCCGUCUCUGCUGCUUCGCUGGGAGUGGUGUACACGGAGGGGGGCAUGGUGGAGGGGCAGAACAUCCGUCUGGGCUUCCGCAGACACAUGGAUGUGUUCAGGGGCAUUCCCUUUGCUGACAUCCCCGGACGCUUCGAGAAACCCAAACGUCACCCAGGCUGGGACGGUCUGUUGAAAGCGAAAGAGUUCAGACCGCGUUGCCUUCAGUUAAACCUGAUCAUGACCGACACCAGAGGCUCUGAGGACUGCCUCUACCUCAACAUCUGGGUCCCUCAUGGCAGCCAAGUCUCCACCAACCUGCCUGUGAUGGUGUGGAUCUAUGGAGGGGGCUUCCUGGUGGGGGGCUCCAUGGGGGCUAACUUCCUGGACAACUACCUGUACGAUGGACAGGAGAUUGCAGACAGGGGGAAUGUCAUCGUGGUUACGCUGGGAUAUCGUGUGGGAACCCUGGGCUUCCUGAGCACCGGAGAGUCUGAUCUGCCGGGAAAUUACGGACUGUGGGACCAGCAGGCUGCCAUCGCCUGGGUGCACAGGAACAUCCGCUCCUUUGGAGGAGACCCCAACAACAUCACCCUCUUUGGAGAGUCUGCAGGGGGCGCUAGUGUCAACUUCCAGACCCUGACUCCUCACAACAAGGGCCUGGUCCGCAGAGCCAUCUCUCAGAGCGGGGUGGCCCUGUGUCCCUGGGGUGUCAUCAAGAACCCACGAAAGUUCGCUGAGGAGGUGGCUGCGAAGGUGAACUGUCCCACUGACAGCAGGAUGGCAGCCUGUCUCAAGAUGACUGACCCUGUGCUCCUAACCAUGGCCGGGACACUCAACACGGAAAGCUCCACCGCCCAUCCUCUGGUGGAGAACCUGGUUCUGUCUGCGGUGGUGGAUGGGGACUUCCUGCCGGACCACCCCUCAAAGCUGUUCCACAAUGCGGCUGAGAUUGAUUACAUCGCCGGGGCCAACGACAUGGACGGACACAUCUUCACUGCCAUUGACAUCCCUUCCCUCAACUCCAUGCUGGUGGACACGCCCAUUGAAGAACUGAAGACACUGCUGGGCUCAUACACCAGAGACAAAGGAAAGGCUGGAAUGGAGAACGGUUUCUCCACCUACACUGCCAACUGGGGCACCAACCCGGACCGCGAGACCAUCAAGAAGACCGCUGUGGCCAUCGGGACAGACUACAUCUUCCUGGUGCCCACUCAGGCUGCUCUGUACCUCCACGCCAAACAUGCUACGACUGGCCGCACUUACUCGUACUUGUUGACUGAGCCCAACCGCAUGGGGGGCCUGAUCACACCCUACCCCAGCUGGAUGGGGGCAGACCACAUGGACGACCUGCAGUUUGUGUUUGGGAAGCCCUUCUCCUCUCCUCUGGGAUACUGGCCCAGGCACAGGGACCUGUCCGGAUACAUGAUCGCAUACUGGACCAACUUCGCCAAAACUGGAAACCCAAACCAGGGCGACUCGAAGGUCCCUGCCACCUGGCCACAGUUUGAAAGCGACGGACACAAGUACCUGGAGAUCCACCACGACAUGAACCAGAACUACGUGCAUCAGAAAAUGAGGAUGCGCUUCGUGCACUUCUGGGCCAGCGUCCUGCCCAGCCUGCCCGACAUGACUGAACAGUCUGAAUGAAAAGUCUGAAUAGAACUGAUAUACCCCACUAUACACUGUCCUACACCGUACACACCAAUAAACAGUUUCAUGCAUUCCUGAGUUAUUUUUGAAUGCU